AUGGGAGAGACACUUGCCGACAAAAACCAAGCAUACUGGGACCAUGCCUCCAAGGAUGCGUUCAAAGCCAAAUGGAUACAAGAUAUGCAAAAUCAGAUAGGUGAAUUUUUGACGGGUAGCGUGGACUGGAUUGGCAUUCAGCCUCCGACUGGUGACAAUAGCCCCCAGACGAAGUUGAUGGAUUAUGCCUGCGGAAAUGGCAUUAUUUCUCGCUACCUACACCCUCAUUUUUCCAAAUGCAUUGGCGUCGAUCUGGCGGAUGGCAUGCUGGACGAAUAUCGUGCAACUGCAGCCAAACUAGGCCUCGACAAGUCACGCAUGCUGCCCGUCAAGGGCAACCUCCUAGCUCCUACAGUCACACCGACUGAGCCUGCACUCAGUGAGGAGGAGCUGAAUGGUUUCGAUCUGGUGGCCAUUUGUAUGGCAUUGCACCACGUCGAAGACAUCUCGUUGGCCACCAAACGUCUCGCUGAAAGACUGCGGCCCGGUGGCGUGCUUCUUAUCAUCGACUGGGCGACGCGUGAUUUGUCGAACGAGACUCAACAGCAAGAUGGGGUGCAGACAACUCCGUCCGAUUCGGAGAAUCAUCACCAUCAUCACCAUCACCAUCACCAGAUGCAUGAAAUAAUUGAUUCGAAGCACCCUGCAGCGCAUACCAUCUCCCAUGACAGCUUCUCGAAGGACCAGAUACUCUCGCUUUUUGAACAAGCGGGCUGUGGAGAGUCGCAGUUUAAGCUGGCGGAUCGACUAUCGCCCGUCCCCCGCGCUCGGAGUGGGGAGAUGCAGCUGUUCUGGGCUCGUGCAAUUAAAUUGUAA